CUUCAUUGAUAUAUAUAUUGCUAAUUAAGCUAGGUCGAAAUAUUGGUGCAUUUGCAAUGGCAAUGACUUUUCCUGUACGGAUGCUUUUGUUCACCUCAUUGUUUUUGCUACCAAUUUCUGUGUUUUCCCAAAAUAAUGGAAGAGUAGCAGUUGGAGAUUCUCUAACUGCAACUACAGGUGACUCCUCAUCAUGGCUUUAUCCAUCCGGUGAUUUCGCAUUUGGAUUUAAGCCCCUCGGAAACAAUGAUCGUUUCUUGCUUUCUAUAUGGUAUGCGAAAAUCCCAGAAACCGUAGUUUGGUAUAACAGCCCCGUGGUUACACCUUGGGGAUCAAUUUUGAACUUGACUGCCGACAGUGGACUAGUUCUUAACAAUCCUCAGGGUGGAGAGAUAUGGAAAUCCCCUAUAACUUCCGGGGUUGUUGCGAACGUGGUCAUGAAUGACACUGGAAACUUCGUCCUUCAAGAUGAAAACUCGGGGAGCUUAUGGGAGACCUUCAACAAUCCUACAGACACCGUUUUGCCUGGACAGACAAUUGAGAGAAAAGGGAAGCUUUCGUGUAAGCAAUCGGAGGCUAAUUACGAAAAAGGGCGGUUCCAGCUGCGCUUGCAAGAUGAUGGAAACCUCGUGCUCAACACCGUAAACUUGCCCACAGAUUAUGCCAACAAAGCCUUACUAUGCCACAGGCACAUUCUCGGGGGCUAUCAACCCAGACAAAAGGCCAACCUGCGAUUGCCCAAAAGGAUUUUCGUUUUCUUGAUCCCAAGGACAAAUACCGAAGGCUGUAAACCCGAUUUUAUACAAGGCUGUGAAGAAGAUAAGCUACAAAGUCCUAGAAAAGAUUUGUAUGAUGUCGAAGUGCUGACAGAUACUGAUUGGCCAACCUCAGAUUAUGUGCAGCUGAAGCCUUUUACCGCGGACAAGUGCAAUGAAUCUUGCUUUCAAGACUGUUUGUGCGCUGUUGCUGUUUUCAGGCUUGAUACCUGCUGGAAAAAGAAGUUACCUCUGUCAAACGGGAGAGUGGACGAAAAUCUUAAUUCACAGACCUUCAUCAAAGUCCGAAAGGAUAAUGUAAAUCUGCAGUUUCCUCCAAUGCCAAUUCCAGAUGAUAAAGAGAAGAGCAAGACCAAACUGAUACAUGUGGUAUCAGCACUAUUAGGUACCUCCAUCUUUGUUAAUGUUGCUGCUCUCUGCCUCGGUUUUUUAUUCAUAUUCCGGAAGAAACCUGUAAGAUCUAGUACCGAUAUUGUUUUCGACUCGAAUUUGCGCUCUUUUAGCUAUGAAGAGCUACAAGAAGCUACAAAUGGAUUCAAGGAAGAAUUAGGAAAGGGUGCUUUUGGAGUGGUUUUCAAAGGGGUGAUGCAAAUUGGUUUUGGUGUCGAAGUGGCGGUGAAGAAGCUACGCUAUGUUAUGCAAGAUGUCGAGAAGGAGUUUAAAACAGAACUGAAUGUAAUUGGUAAGACGCAUCAUAAGAAUCUGGUUCGUCUUUUCGGAUAUUGUGACGAGGGGCAACAGAGAAUGGUAGUUUAUGAGUUCUUGAGCAAUGGCACACUGGCAAGCUUUCUUUUUUCAGAUAUCAAACCAAGUUGGAAACAGCGAAUUGAAAUCGCUUAUGGCAUUGCGAAAGGGCUUUUGUACUUGCAUGAAGAGUGCAGCACGCAGAUUAUCCAUUGUGACAUAAAGCCACAGAACAUACUUCUCGAUGAUUAUUACACUCCUCAUUCUGAUUUUGGAUUAGCAAAACUUUUGAUGAUGAAUCAGAGCCAGACUCAUACCGCUAUCCGAGGAACAAAAGGUUAUGUUGCACCUGAGUGGUUCAGGAACUUGGCAAUCACUACCAAAGUUGAUGUGUACAGCUUUGGUGUUGUGCUGCUGGAGAUUAUUUGUUGUAGGAGAAAUGUUGAUGUGGAAGGUAACUUGGAAGAGAGAGCAAUUUUAACGGAUUGGGUUUAUGAUUGCUACGUUGAAGGAGUAUUAGAUGCUGUUGUAGAUCAUGAAGUUGAGGCCUUGGGUGAUCGAGCGACACUGGAAAAGUUUGUGAUGGUUGGGAUUUGGUGCAUUCAGGAAGAUCCUUCUCUUAGGCCUACUAUGAGGAGGGUUGUGCAGAUGUUUGAAGCAGUUGUCGAAGUGCAUGUUCCACCAUGUCCAUCUCCAUAUACCAGAGCAGGCUGAAGCCGCCAUUAGUUGUAUCGCAGCCAAGGUAUAAUUUAUUGUCACAGUAGUAGCUAGCUUGUUUCCUGUUUGUCAAACUAUCUUUAGUUUACCGACUUGUAGUUUUGUAGUGUGAUGAUUUAGAUCAAGACCGUUGAAAGAAUGCUUUAUGUAUGUAACUCUUGUUUAUGAUCUUUUAUGAAUGAUAAAGUGAUUCUUAUAUCUACA